GUGUAAAAAUACGAAUCGCGCAUUGCCCGAUGGAUUUUGAAAAACAAUAAAUUUCCAGCUGAGUUUUCCUGUUGGGAGUUCGUUUUUUACAUUGCACUUCUGCUAGUAAGUGUCGAUGGGCGACAACAGCACGAUUGACAACGUUUUUAAGGUGGAGGAAUAUAAGGUCUCCCCGCCAGAGCCGCAUUGUAAUUCCGCCGUGACCGAGAGGUUGGCCUGCAAAGCGACGCCAUCACCGACGGGCUAUCGUGACUAUAAACCACCAAUUGAGGUUCUUCGGCAGUCUACCUUUACUAAGUCUAAGCUCUCCGACACCAUUUGGAACGGUUACUACAAGCAUGACAACGAUAAUCCAAAGAACAGCGUACACAAAACUAUCCUUCUUGGUGAUAGUGGAGUUGGCAAAACGUCAUUACUCAUACAAUUCGAUAUCAAAAAGUUUCGACACAGCAACUUUGCAGCAACUGUUGGAAUUGGCUUUACGAAAUUCGUCUAUUAGGAAUUCAUGAUUAACAAAUGAAGCUGUGUAUAUCGGAUUUAAGAGAGUAAAAUGUACAACCAAAA